UCUUAUUAUCGAAUGAUCAAUUCAUGAUCACUUUUCAUCAUUAUCAUCAUCAUUAGUGGUAGCUAUUUAAGUUUUUUUUCUGUGUUCAUCAAAUUUUAUUAUAUAAAACGAAGAAGAAAACAAUGCUGAUGAAUUGUACAUUAACAAUAAUGGCAACUGGUUAUACAUUUAUUCGUCGAUUUCUUUGCCUGUUCAACCUGAUCGUAUGGUUGGCUGGAAGUUGUCUAUUAGGAAUCGGAAUAUGGCUAUAUGUAUCAUAUAAUACAUAUGCAAGAAUACUGCCAUCAUAUCAUCUUUUAUCGGCUGAUAAUCUUGCCCUAUUUAUUGGUACAAUAACAUUUUUAGUUGCUUUUUGUGGUUGUUGUGGAUCAUGGUUUCAAAGUAAAUGUUUAUUGACCGUUUACUUAAGUUCAAUCAUAUUUAUAAUGAUUGUAGAAAUAUUUAUCGGUAUUUUAUGUUUUAUAUUUCAAACACAAAUAUCACAAACAUUACAAAGUGAAUUAUUGAAUGGUAUACAGCAUCGAUAUUCAUUAAAUAAUACUAAUGGUAUACAAUCAACAUGGGAUCAUAUACAAACCAAUUUUCAUUGUUGUGGUGUUAAUAAUUACACUGAUUGGUAUCAGAUUAAUGCAUGGCCAGAUAAAUUACGUGUACCAAAUAGUUGUUGUCGUCCAAACAACAAUGCUACAUUUAAUAAUGAUGAUAAUGUUUGUGGUUUUGAUGCUGAAUCCGAUCUAAAAUACAUUUGGAAAUAUGGUUGUUUACAAAAAAUUCAUCAUUAUUUAUUAACAAAUAUUCAUAGUGUUGGUAUUACAUCAAUAAUAUUUGCAUUCAUUCAAUUUAUGGCAUUAGUAUCGGCAUUUUUGGUCAUCUUUACAAUGGGAUAUAAAAAAGAUAAAAGAAAACAACGUUAUAUUACUAAUACCAAUACUAAUCGAGCCGCUUAUAAUCGUAUUCGAAUGUAAACAAAAAAAAACAAAACAAAGAAAUUUGAUCCAUCUUCUGUAUUUAUAUUUAUCAAUAUAAAAUGUAUUUUAUUUUAUUUCAAUUAUUCCGGGAAUAAA